AGAUUCAAAAAAAUUAACUUACUUUACAGUAAGGAAAAAUUAGAUUUUUAAUUCCAAAUUUACAGUAAAAACAUAACAUUUUAUAAAACUAAACAAUUGACAUAAUAGUAUAAAAAUAUUAAAAAAAAAUUAAAAUACUAUCCGCGCGUAGCGCGGACAAGGACCUAGUUCUGAAUAAACGUAAUUUAGAUAAGUUAAUAAUUAAAACAAGUUUAAAAAUACGCAAUUGACGAUUCAGGAGGUAACGAAUUUAAAGAUUCAGAAGAAUUAUUUUUUUAAAAUUUAUUUAACAUCGUUGUUAUACGAUGAAGUCAAGAUUUUAAGUUUUAGGGCUCUGUUUCUGUCUUCUGUUUCUCUAUAGAAACCACAUCUGCCACUAUCGGCACAACGUUUCAGGCGACGCCAGUGAAGACCUUUGGAUCAAGAACAACAAAUGAAAAGGAGAAACGUAAACGAAGAUCAACCUGAGAGUUGGCUUCUUUCCUCAAAGAAAGGGAUGCAAGAAUCGAGAGUACGUCACAAGUUUCUUAUGAUAAACUACAAUCUUGUCCUUGCUUGCAGUUGUUAAUGUUGGUUUGGUGAUUCUUGGAUCUGUUUGGUUUACGUUUAAAGUGAUUCGAGUAUAUAUGCGUGUGUGUGUGUGUGUUCAAGGCUUGUGAUCUUGUGACUGUUGUCUGUUGUCAUCUUGAUUCUCUUCCUCUUCUUUGUAUUGUUUCACGACUCGUUAGGGUUGUUGAUUAUGAGAGUUGUGCGGUCUAUGUAUAGGAGACGUGUGAGAUAUGUGGAAGUGUGGGCAUUGCUGGUUUGAUGAUGGUAUGCUUCAAGUGCAGAGAUACUCGCGAGCAUACGUAAGUAAUGAUCUUGGUCUAGAUUUAUCAUCCUUACUUUUACUCUUGCAAGUCAAGGAUUUUCUGAUUGCUUCAUGGCUGUUCUGUUUUUGUGUGUUUCAGUUAUUGCGCAAAGGUAUUUGUACCAUGUGUCCCUCACAUUUGGAUAUGUGAAGCGUGCCGUUCAUCAUCUCGCGUAUUGCUCAUACCUGGUGUUGCUGAGCAUCAUAUGGAACUAGAAACCACUCGUGUUGAGCCUUCCUUAGAGUCAAACAACUCUCUCAGCUCCAGAGUAGAUGAUCAUGAUGAGACUGCUAAAGUAAGAACUAUUGAUAUGGAAGAAGUUGUAGCCACAUCAGUGAUUCAUCAGCCUUUGCAGCCACAUACAAGUCCACUAGGUGGUGAAGCUCAUCUCUAUUUUUCUCUCACAUUUUUUGUAUAGUGGCUUACCACUAUUGCUAACUACUGGCCUUUGAUUUGCAUGUUAAUCAAAGUGCUUAAAGGAGUGUUAUUGAGGUUCCAAUUUUGUUUAUGCAGCUAAAGAAACUUCCUCGGUACUCAAUGACUCAUCUCAAGACAACGAGCAGCAUCAACCAAAAAAACGCAAGACGUUUCAGUUGAUGGGCAUACAGAUCACUCUCUGAUCUCCCUUCUCUUGAUCAAAUCUUUCACAGGAGUGCCUCACCUAAGUGUAAAUCAAGAAACGGUUCAGUUGAUAGGUAUAUAAUAAUAAACGAUCAGUACAUAGGUCUUGACGUCUUGUGUGUAAGUAUAUUUCAUCCAUUUGACUAUGUUUUGUUCCUUGGAUCACAAGUUACUACCAAAAAGUGAGAUUCCAUUUUCUUUGAUUAUGAUUUUGAGCUACACUCUACUCAACGUAUAUAUUAUUAUAUUCUAGUCUUCUUAACUUACCUCUCUGUGUGUCCUAUACUCCGUGAAGCAAAAUGACUGAUGAGAAAGACUAUUGAUUUUAAAGUUGUUUUGUUACAAAGAAAGAUGAUAGAGGCAGGCUUUCGCGACUACAGAUUUCACUCAUCAAUAGAUGUUACCAAAUAUAGUAACCUACGUCUGCCUUUGUCAAGGAUUGAGGGGACCAGUCGGUGAACCCACUCUUAAAUGAACUCCAUUUGCAAUUUUGAUACUCCUUCAGCUUUUUAUUUAUUUGGCUUAACUAACAAAACUAAAAACUACAUUUGAGUUUUAGAGUUGUGCACAUCGAUUGAAAAAAAAAUAUUUUUUAAAAAAAAUAUUUUUUUCUAAACAAAAACAUCAUUAACUAUUUAAGUAAUCCCAUUUCAAUUACAAAAAAAUAAACUAAAUAAUUUAAAGAGCCAUUAGCACUAAAAGUUUAUUAAUUUUACUAAAAACUAAAAAUGUCAUCUUAUUUAAAAAAAUACUUUAAAACGUCAAUGGAUGAAGUAUUUAUCUAAUAGAAUAUUUAUACACGUUACAUAAAUGUUCAUAUGUAAAUUACAAUAUUGAUAUUUUUGUUUUUUCAUCCAUUUUGAGUAAAAGUUAAAAUGCCACAAUUACAAACAAAUGAGAUAAAAUAGGAUAAUUCGCGAAUCAAGGAUAAGCCAUAAAAUAUGUUGAAUUAAUAUAGUACUACCAUAUUUAAUAGUUUUCUCUUAUAUAAUAGUCGAGCCAGAAACAUAGAAAGACAAUUAAAUUGUACUGAAUGGUCAAAAUUUACAAGCCAUAGAAUAUGUUGAACUAAAAUAGUAAUACCAUAUUUGAUAGUUUUCUCUUAUAUAACUACGAAAAAUUAAUUGACGCGCUUAUGUAAAAAUUUAUUUCAGUAAUUUGGUUUGAAUAAUGUAUUUUCUGACUGAUAAUAAUAGUCGAACCCAAAAACAUAUAAAGACAAUUAAAUUGUACUGAAUGGUCAAAAUUUACAAGCCAUAGAAUAUGUUGAACUAAAAUAGUAAUACCAUAUUUGAUAGUUUUCUCUUAUAUAACUCCGAAAAACUUAAUUGACGCGCUCGUGUAAAUAUUUAUUUCAGUAAUUUGGUUUGAAUAAUGUAUUUUCCGACUGAUAAUAAUAGUCGAACCCAAAAACAUAUAAAGACAAUUAAAUUGUACUGAAUGGUCAAAAUCUACAAGCCAUAGAAUAUGUUGAACUAAAAAAGUAAUACCAUAUUUGAUAGUUUUCUCAUUAUAUAACUCCAAAAAGCUUAAUUGAGGCGUUCAUGUAAAAAUUUAUUUCAGUAAUUUGGUUUAAAUAAUGUAUUUUCCGACUGAUAAUAAUAGUCGAACCGAAAAACAUAGAAAGACAAUUAAAUUAUACUGGAUGGUCAAAAUUUACAAGCCAUAGAAUAUGCUGAACCAAGAUAGUAAUACCAUAUUUGAUAGCUUUCUCUUAUAUAACUCUGAAAAAAUUAAUUGACGCGUUCAUGUAAAAAUUUAUUUCAGUAAUUUGGUUUGAAUAUUAUAUUUUCCGACCGAUAAUAAUAGUCGAGCCCAAAAACAUAGAAUGACAAUUAAAUUGUACUGAAUGGUCAAAAUUUACAAGCCAUAUAAUACGUUGAACUAAAAUAGUAAUACCAUAUUUGAUAGUUUUCUUUUAUAUAACUACGAAAAAUUAAUUGACGCGCUCAUGUAAAAAUUUAUUUCAGUAAUUUGGUUUGAAUAAUGUAUUUUCCGACUGAUAAUAAUAGUUGAGCUCAAAAACAUAUAAAGACAAUUAAAUUGUACUGAAUGGUCAAAAUUUACAAGCCAUAGAAUAUGUUGAACUAAAAUAGUAAUACCAUAUUUGAUAGUUUUCUCUUAUAUAACUACGAAAAAUUAAUUGGCGCACUCAUGUAAAAUUUUAUUUCAGUAAUUUAGUUUGAAUUAUAUAUUUUCCGACUCAUAUUUAUAGUCAAACCCAAAAAUAUAGAAAGACAAUUAAACUGUACUAAAUGGUCAAAAUUUACAAACAAAUGAGAUAAAAUAUGAUAAUUUGUGAAUUAAAUAUAAAUCAUAAAAUAUGUUGAACUAAAAGAGUAAUACCAUAUAUAAUAUUUUUCUCAUAUAUAUAACUCCGAAGAAAGUUUAAUUGAUGGGCUCAUGUAAAAAUUUACUUACGUAGUUUUGGUUUGAAUUAUGUAUUUUUGACUGAUAAUAAUAAUCGAACCAGAAAACAUAGAAAGAAAAUUAAAUCGUACGUCAAAAUUUAAAAACAAAUGAGAUAAAUAGGAUAAUUUGUGAAUUAAGUAUAAUCCAUAAAAUAUGUUGAUCUAAAAUAGUAAUACCAUAUUUAAUAGUUUUGUCUUAUAUAACUUCGAAAAAAUUAAGUUGACGCGCUCAUAUAAAAAUUUAUUUCCAUAAUUUUGGUUUGAAUUAUGUAUUUUCUGACUGAUAAUAAUAGUUGAACCCAAAACAUAGAAAGACAAUUAAACUGCGAUGAAUGGUCAAAAUUUAAAAAUAAAUGGGACAAAAUAUAAAAAUUUGUAAAUUAAGUAUAAACCAUAAAAUAUGUUGAACUAAAAGAGUAAUACACUAUUUAAUAGUUUUCUCUUAUAUAACUCAGAAAAAGCUUAUUCGAUGCGUUCAUGUAAGAAUUUGUUUCCAUAAUUUUUUUUUGUUUCUGUGUUUUCCGAUCGAUAAUAAUAGCAUAACCCGAAAACAUAGAAAGACAGUUAAAAUUGUAGGAAUAGUCAAAAUUUAUUGACAUAGAAAAAAAAAAGUUGAUUCUCAUUCUUCAUAAGAGACAAUUCCUUAAAUAUCACCUCAUGUAUAGAUUUGCAAUUAUCAAAAGUUUAUGGGCAUUUUUCUUCAGUUAAAGACAAAAAGUAACAAAAUUGCCCGAAAGUAAAAACUACUGAACAACUUGGCGACGAGUAAAAGAUGAACUUUUAGUAAUACUUGAUACAAUACGAGGGGUAGUUGUGUAUUUAAAUGAAAGCUAAGGACUAUUAAUGAAAUUUAUUCUUUCUUUAAUAAUAAUAUUGUCGUCUUCUUUGUUUCCCACUUUCCCCCUCUCUCUCACUAACAUUACCUCCCCACACCACACCACACCACACCACACCAGUCCACUUUCUCUCUCUCUCUACAAUCUCUCUUUUCUCAUUUCAACGUUAAACACUCUCUCCCUUCGCUUCUGAGUUUCACGGUAACGAAUCUGAACCGUUUCGUAUGUAAAGUCUCAAUCUUUGCCAUCGUUUUACUCUGCUUUUCGUAGUGGGUUUCCUCUGAGCUUUGUUUAGUUUUGUUUAAUCUCUUUCUUCUUUCUCUUCAUGUUCCGUACAACGCAAGCAACCACAAGUUAAAGAUGUUUUUUUUUUCUGAAACAAAGAGAAAUUGGCUGAUUCUGUUACUCCUCUGUAUCUGCACUUCUCGUCACUCGUAAACUGACAAUGUGGGUUUCGUUUAGGGUUUUGUAGGUUUCUUCUGAAUCCAAAUCAGGUUGAGAAUAAGGAAGAAAGGCGUCGACUUGGUGAGACCCUCUUUGUUGUUAUUACAUUGCCUUGUUCGUUAUGUGGAAGAAAGAACCAAAACCCAAGCCUUUCAAAACUAGGGUUUUUGUGUCUUCUCUGAUUCGUUCUGUGGAUAGAUUCUAUAACGUUUUGGUGGAAAGGUUAGAUUUUGUGAACAUGGGUUCAAUAAAAUAGUCUUGGCCUAACUUUUGUCACUGCCGUUUUAACCCUCUUUAGAGCUGAGUUUGGUACGUAGCUGCUCUCUCUUAUUGAAUUAGAUUCUAGGGUUUUGGUUUCUUGUCUUCUCUGGUUUGGUAGAAAGUUUAGAUUUUGUGACAUGGGUUUCAUAGAUAGUGUUGGUUUAUAGAAGGUUUCUGAAUCAGAUGAUGCUUUAGCUCCCUCGAGAGUUGAGUUUCAAUACGAUUAUAACUCUCUAGAUUCUUGGUUUUAACUAGUGUUUUGGUUGGGGUUUCGUUUUUCUCUUUGUGGCAGGUUGCUAGUUUAACUUUGGUUGUUCUUGUGUUUGGGUUUGGUUUUAACUUGUUUUUUGGUGCUUUUGAUGGUUUCUUGUCUUCUCUGAUUCGCCCUGUGCAUAGUUUUUGGUGGAAAGGUUAGAUUUUGUGACAUGGGUUCAUUAAUAGUGUUGGCCUAACUUUUGUCUCUGCCGUUUUAAACCCCUUUAGAGCUGAGUUCCGUAGUAGCAGGACGAUUAUAACUCUCUCUUAUUGAAUUAGAUUCUAGGGUUUUGGUUUCUUUGUUUUGGUAGAAAGUUUAGAUUUUGUGACAUGGGUUUCAUAGAUAGUGUUGGCUUAUAGAAGGUUUCUGAAGUAGAUGAUGUUUUAGCUCCCUUGAGAGUUGAGUUUCAAUACUAUUAUUAUAACUCUCUAGAUUCUUUUGGUUUUGACUAGUUUUUGUUUUUUUUUUGUGGCAGGUUGCUGGUUUUGUAAGCAAUGAGUCCUGGUCAAGGCAAACUACCUUCAGAUUCGAUCAAAGUGGUCCCUGGAAGGAGUAAACUGAGGGUUGAAUCUUCAAACCCGGUUGCUAGAGGGAAUCCUAUACCUAGACCUUCAAAGGUGAAGUGUAUCGCUCCAGAGGAAGUUAUAAAACUACAUUCUGGUGUCAGUAAAGUGCCUCUUCCUCCAGCUUCUGUGUCAUCAAGACCUUAUAAGCCUGCUCGUCGAGCUUUUGAAUCACAAAGACCUAAGCCUACUCGUGCAGCUUUUGAAUCACAAAGACGUGAGCCUGUUCGUCCAUCUUUUGAAUCAUCAAGACCACCUAAGCCUUUUCCUGCAAUUUUUGAAUCACAAAGACCUAAGCCUGCUCUUGCUACUUUUGAAGCACCGAGACAUGUCCCGGCUCGUCCAAUUUUUAAACCACCAAGACCUGUCCCACCUCGUCCCACUUAUGAACCACCAAGACCUGUCCCUGCCCGUCCUGCACCAGGUUUGAGAAAAGAAAUUGUUUGCGGUCUUCGAGCUGCUUCGAGUAUGAAUCCAACAACAGUGAGACAGAGAACCAAUCCAACAAGUCCCUCACAACCUAGGACGGUUGAGCUUCCUCCUAGUCUACGUGCUUUUCAGAUUCCUUCAAGAGUUCGACAACAAGAUACUACUGAUGCAACAAUACAUACAAUACAAGAGACAGUUGUGGAAGCUGGUGAUAAAGAUAAAGAUCAUGGUUCCAAGGAGACAUGUCGAUCAACAUCUAAAGAAAGGAUCUCAGAGUUGCUUCUAUAUCGACCAGCUUUGCUCCCUACUUGGAAGGGACGCAUGGUGGAUUCCACCACGCUUUUUCCGGAGUUCGACUGCCAGUUUUGGGCUAAUCCACCAUCCAACAUCAGCAGGAAAGCACUGAGACUCUCAAUGGCGAUGCCUAUAUUUCUUGAGGUGGAACUGGUUCCUAUAGGCCGUAUUCUGAAUAAUGUGUUGUUUGGUAGAAUCCCAAAGCUAUCAGAUGUGGAAUUAUACUUUUUCUUAGAUGAGAAGGAAACAGUAAGGUCUAAACGGGAACGUGCUCAUCUAUUUGAGACCAUGGCGACUCGCAAGGCUAUGAUCAAAGCUAGUGUAAACGGCACAGAGUUGUUGAUAUUCUCCUCAACACUACUGGACAAGACCUCCCAGUUUUUCAUCAAGAAGCAGACCAAAACAGAAAACUAUCUUUGGGGUUUCUUCCUCCAUAACAAAAACUCACAAGCACAUGUUCCAGGAACUUCUCAUCACCUUGAUGAUGGCAAUGUUGUUGACAUGGACAUAGACCCUGAAGACCAGAAGACUCUAGGGCUAACUCUCCAGCCAAUUGCAGUAUCACAAAGCACUUCCUCAAGUCUACCUCCUGGUUUUAGGAUGAUAUGGACACCAACCUCCUCAAGGCCUUGUUGAUCUUCUGGAGAAAGACCGUAUUGGAGUUAGAUAAACAUCUUCAGGUUUGAAGUAUAGUCACGGUGAAGCAGCUAGCUUAGAUAGAGAAGUACAUAUCUCGGUUUAGCAAUUUGACCAUUUAAGAGAAAUUUUGACAGAUCUUUUUGAGUGUUUGUUGGAACCACAGACUCUUCUUUUGUGAAGACAAUAUUAAAAUGUUUGUAACCAAACUUUAACCAGAGAUCUUAAAGAACAUCAUUGACUUUG